CCACCACCCCUUUAAUUAAUCUUUCCUCCAGUUUUAAAUGGUACUUUCUAACCAACGGACCCCAUUUGAUCAAUUUUCCAACCCCAUCUCCAUCACCAUCGAUCAUUCUGGGAAAAAAAUACUAAAUAUGGCCGACCAAGAAUCAACACCUGGAGAAUCAUCGUUGGAAAUGCACCCAGCUUAAUCAAAUUUUUUCUCUUCACAAACAAUGGCCGCUGCAGAGUUGAAAAAUCAAGAAUCAUCACCAGCAUCAUCAGCGGAAUUGUCCGAAUCAGAUGCUACUACUGGUGCUAGUACUAACAAAUGGGAGGAGCUUCUCCGGAAAAUGCUACCGGCCGGAGCUCCGGUACCGGACGAGGACCACCUAGACUACUCUAUUACAGUAGAAUAUCAGGGUCCUCCUCCUUGCUUACCUUCUUCUACUUGUAUUAGUAUUCCUAAACCUCUUAAGUUUUCCUCAUCAUUUAAAACCCAUAAUUCCCUUUUGAUCUCUCGGAAAAAUAGUAACUUAGUUUCUAGCAUUGCUCGAAAUCGUGAUAGUUCUGAUGAAAAAUCAAGAAGCUCCUUUUCAUCUUGCUCUGUACCCGGUAAUUUUCUAUUUAGUAGUUGUGAUACUAAGGUUGAUGACGGUAAAUCUGUAGAUUUUUCGGCUAAUUUUGAUACUAAUGAUAGAAUUGAUAAGGGAAAGAUUGGAGCAAAAGUUAAGCGUUGUAGUAGGUGCGGAGAAGGGGGGUGGUUGGUUUUGAUUAGGGAGAAGAGGGAAGUGUGUAUGGUGUGUGGUGCAGAGUACUGUAGGCAUUGUGUACUGAAAGCAAUGGGUUCAAUGCCUGAGGGAAGGAAGUGUGUAGGGUGCAUUGGCAAGCCGAUUGAUGAGGCAAAUAGGGAAAAAUUGGGGAGGUGCUCGAGGUUGCUGGCUAGUAUUUGUAGUCCUUUGGAAAUAAGCCACAUUAUGAAGGCAGAGAAAGAAUGUUCUGCUAAUCAGAUUCGUUCUGAACAGGUUGUGGUCAAUGGCAGGCCGUUGAAGGAAGAGGAGUUGGUGGAGGUUAUGGGAUGUGCCCAUCCUCCAUGUGAUUUGAGACCAGGGCGGUAUUGGUACGACAAUGAUUCUGGACUUUGGGGCAAGGAUGGAGAGAAACCAGUUAGCUUUAUAAGUGCAAAUUUGAAAGUUGGUGGAAAGCUUCUGAAUAAUGCCAGUAAUGGGAAUACAAAGGUUUAUAUUAAUGGCCGAGAGAUCACAAAACCUGAGCUCAGAAUACUGAAGCUAGCCAAUGUACAAUGUCCUCGUGGUACUCACUUUUGGUUGUAUGAGGAUGGUAGCUAUGAAGAAGAAGGCCAAAAAAACAUCAGAGGAAACAUAUGGGAAAAGGCGACCACACGUCUGAUUUGUUCAUUAUUGUCGUUGCCUGUACCAUUUGGAAAUGCUCGUUGGGCCAAGGAAGAUCAGACUACUUUUUCAGGUAGACCUGUGGGUAAGUACUUGGAGCCAGGGAAAGUUCAUAAACUUCUGCUCUUGGGGUUGGAGGGCUCUGGGACAAGCACUAUCUUCAAGCAGAUGAAGUUCAUAUAUGGAAACCAAUUCAGUGCUCAAGAACUACAAGAUAUCAAACUUCUGAUUCAAAGUAACGUAUACAGAUACUUGAGUGUCUUGCUUGAGGGGCGAGAACACUUUGAAGAUGAGGCCCUUUUGGCAGAAAAGGCUCAGGGUUUGACUGCUGAAGAGUCCCUCCAUUCCAGUGCUGGUGGUAUUUCGCCUGAUAGACAAAGAAAGUCUGUGUAUUCAAUCGAAAAAAGGUUGAGGAAUUUUUCUGACUGGUUGUUGGACACCGUGGCUAGAGGAGAUUUGGAUACUUUCUUCCCUGCAGCAGCACGUGAGUAUGCUCCUAUUGCAGAUGAAGUUUGGAAGGAUCCUGCCAUUCAGGAAACUUACAAACGAAGGGAGGAACUUCACUGUCUCCCAGAUGUUGCAAAAUAUUUCUUAGAUCGGGCCAUUGAGAUAUCAAGUAAUGAAUAUGAACCUUCAGAAGAAGAUAUUUUGAAUGCUGAAGGAGUCAUUCCAAACAAUGGUCUUGCCCUGUUUGAAUUCUCAUCAGAUGAUCACAGUACCAUGUCGGAAACAGGCAAUGACAACUCUGAAGUACACCCUCCAUCAUCCAAGUAUCAACUGAUCCGUAUCAGUUCCAAGGGAUUGCUUGACAGCAGCAAAUGGCUUGAAAUGUUUGAAGGUUUUAGAGCCCUAGUCUACUGUGUUUCCUUGAGUGAUUAUGACCAGAUGGUGGCUCAUGAUACUUGUCCUUUCUCCAAUAAAUUGUUGGCAAGUAGAUAUUUGUUCGAGAGUUUAGCGAGACAUCCUUCCUUUGAGGACAUCCCUUUUGUGCUUCUCCUAAACAAGUAUGAUGCCUUCGAGGAGAAAAUCAACCUGGUUCCGUUAUCAGUUUGUGAGUGGUUCUCUGACUUCAGCCCUUCGAAACCUCAUCACAACAGUCAAUCCCUGGCACAUCAAGCUUAUUACUACAUUGCUGUCAAAUUCAAGUUGCUCUAUACUUCAAUCACCCGAAAGAAGCUGUUUGUCAGGCAGACCAAUGGUCGUGAUAGUGAAUCAGUUCAUGAUGCUUUCAAGUACAUAAGAGAAAUCAUCAAGUGGGAUGAGGAGGCUAGAAAUGUUUAUGGGAUUUACGAGAACGAUUCAUUUUAUAGUCCAGAAAGGAGUUCAUCUCCUAAUAUUAGGGGAGGCUGAGACUUUAAAACUGUACAGAAAUGUCUGGCUCAGCCCUUGAGAAUUCAAGGAGACCAGUUGACGAGUUCAUCAUAUUGUUCAAAAGAAGAACGUUCGUGCCCCAA